AUGUUGACUCGGGUCGCUACCAUCGUACUCGCAAGUACCGCCGCGUUUGUUUCUGGUGCGACGAUCGAUGUUGAACGCAGGGAUGCAUUUACCGAUUGUCUCUCAAACGGGAGCCCAAGUGGUGCAGUUGUAACCCCUUCGAGUUCCAACUAUGGCUCAGCCCGUGCAGCUUUCAACCAAAGGCUCAGUUUCAAACCCGCUGCCAUUGUAUUUCCGAGUUCUCCGCAGGAAGUACAAAAAUACGUCAAAUGUGCAGCUUCGGCCGGCAUAGCGGUUGUUGCUCGCUCCGGGGGACACUCAUACGCUGCUUAUGGUGUUGGCGGGCAAGACGGCUCACUGGUCGUUGACCUCUCAAAAUUGAAGUCCUUUUCUAUUGAUGGCUCCGGUGUGGCGAAGAUCCAGACAGGUCAUAGACUUGGAGAAGUAGCUCAGAAACUCUGGGAUAACGGCCAGAGAGCACUUCCCCAUGGAACGUGCCCUUAUGUCGGAAGUGGAGGUCACGCAGCGUUUGGUGGAUAUGGUCCAUUUUCACGAGUUGGUGGACUACUACAGGACCGCAUUACAGAAGCAGAGGUCGUUCUUGCUAAUGGUACACUCACUACCGCGUCGACCAGUCAGAACGCAGAUCUAUUUUGGGCACUGCGUGGAGCAGGUGCUUCGUACGGUGUUGUGACACAAUGGACGUUUGCUACGUUUGCUGCCCCAUCAACAAUCAUUGGAUAUUCGAUCGACUACUCUUCCACCCUUAGCGCGUCCAAGAUCGCAAGCUUGUUGGGCGCAUGGCAGUCGUUGGCCAUGUCAGCUCCGAAAGAGAUGGCAAUGAUGGGUGUCGUAGGCCCGGACGGAGAUGGUGGCCUGUACUUGCAAUUUACUGGCGACUACUACGGGUCCAAGUCAUCCUUCAAUUCGGUCACAUCCACCUGGGCAAGCAAGCUCAGCCCUGGACAGAUCAACGCCAAGACUUACAACUGGCACGACUCGUUGGUCGCCACCGAUGGGUCUCUCUCAACCACUGCUCCCCAACCAAAAGAUACCUUCUUUGCGAAGUCAUUGUUUACUAAGAAAGCCGUGACAAGCUCACAAUGGACCAGCUUCCUCAACUAUUUGAGCAACGAAGGGGCAAACAGUGACGCUGACUGGUUUGUCGAAAUCGAUUUGUACGGAGGGCAGAUCACUGCACAAGGAGCCGAUUCUACAUCGUUUGCGCACCGUGAUGCGAUCCUGUCUUUCCAGCUCUACGCAAACUCUAAAAACUCGCAGCCCCCGUUCCCUUCCGACGGGAUCUCGUUCGUCGAUGACAUGCUCAAUGCUUUGGAACCUAACCCACAGGCUGCCUAUGUCAACUAUGUCGAUCCUUCGUUGACCGCCUCGCAGUGGAAAACACAGUACUACGGGUCACACUAUUCCCGUCUCUCCUCGAUUAAACGCACCAUUGAUCCUAAUAAUGUGUUCCGCUUCCCACAGUCCAUUGGAUUGAAUUAA